AUGAUUAGAAGAUUGAAAGAUGGACAACAAAAUUCAGAGAAUAGUGCUGUUCAAGAUAAAAAUGGUAAAUUACUUAUCAGUUCUAGAGAUAAAUUGGGCAGACGGAAAGAAUACUUCUAUGAGUUAUUAAAUGUUAAAUCUAUCGUUGAUUCAAAUGUUAUUUACCACAUCAAGACACUCUCAAUACCAACAACAGAACGAGAUAGACAGAAUAAACCAUUGACACUAGAAGAACUUGAUCAAGUAUUAAAACGAAUGAAAAGUCAAGAGGGUCGUGAUAAUGACGAUGUUAGUGCUGACAAAUUCAAAGUAGGUGAAUUAUCUCUUCUUAGAUGGCUUCAUGAAAUAUUUGUUGAUAUUUGGCAAAAUGAAGGAAUAGUCGACCAUUGGAUCUUAGCCUUUUUCAUUCGUUUUUUUAAAAAUAAAGGUGACAAAAAACAAUGCGAUAAUUAUCUUGACAUCUCUCUAUUAGUAGUAGCAAGUACAUUAUUUACUGGAGUAAUUCUUCAUCAUCUUCAAAAAUUAAUUGAUAAAUAA